CGCCGCCUCUACAUUUACUACCUAGGGAGUGAUCUGUGGGGAGCAUUCGUAGGUAGAGACAUGAAUGGUGUUAUCUCACUCUCUGGCCGUAGUACGCCUUCACUAGGCAUACGUCUGUCUCGCCCAACUUCUGCUGGAUUAUAUAAAUCUCGAUGCCGUUCCCCGACCCGCGGACGCUGUGUCUGGCGAAAUGAUGACCUAUACAGCUCCUUCGUCUUCCACAUUGUCGGUGUUUUCUCGACCGUUUGUCAUCGUGGCCGUGUCGUAUCGCUUUCCACUGCGCAAACAAGCUGUUGAUGC